AUGUCCUCUGAGAACGCCCCCCCCCCCUCGGCCACCAAUGCCGUCCUGGUCGCCUCCCAGCCGGUGCCUGAGGGCACGCACGAGGUGCGCGGGGUUGAUUUCGAACGCUUCCACGGGCGCGACAUCACCGUGGCCGAGAUGGUGGAGGAUAUGCGGUACAUGGGCUUCCAGGGGAGUGCAGUGUCUGAGGCAGCACAAAUCAUCAAUGAAAUGCGAGCAUACCGACACCCCGAAACCGGAGACAAAACAACGAUCUUCCUGGGUUACACGUCGAAUUUGAUCUCGUCUGGUCUGCGUGAUACGCUGCGGUAUCUGGUCCGGCAUAAACAUGUCUCGGCGAUUGUGACGACUGCCGGGGGCGUCGAGGAGGACCUGAUCAAGUGCCUGGCGCCGACGUACAUGGGGUCGUUCAGCACUCCGGGGGCUGGGCUGCGGCAACAGGGGCUCAACCGGAUCGGCAACCUGGUGGUGCCGAACAGCAACUACUGUGCGUUUGAGGACUGGCUGGUCCCGAUCCUGGACCAGAUGCUGGAGGAACAGGAGGCGGCGCAGGCCAAGGCGCGCGAGACGGGCGACGAGGAGGACGAGUUGCACUGGACCCCCAGCCGGAUCAUCGAACGCCUGGGCCGCGAGAUCAACCACGAAGACUCGGUGCUGUACUGGGCCGCGCGCAACGGGAUCCCUAUCUUCUGCCCCGCGCUGACCGACGGCUCGCUGGGAGACAUGCUGUAUUUCCACACCUACAAGUCGUCUCCGCGGCGCCUGCGCGUCGACAUUGUCGACGACGUGCGCCGCAUCAACACCAUGGCGGUGCGCGCCGCGCGCGCCGGCAUGAUCAUUCUCGGCGGCGGGGUCAUCAAGCACCAUAUCGCCAACGCCUGUCUGAUGCGCAACGGCGCCGAGAGCGCAGUCUACAUCAACACCGCCCAGGAAUUCGACGGCAGCGACGCGGGCGCCCGGCCCGAUGAAGCUGUCAGCUGGGGGAAGAUCAAACCCGACGCCAAAUCUGUCAAGGUCUACGCGGAAGCUACCGUGGUUUUCCCCCUCAUCGUGGCCGCCACCUUUGCACGAGCCGAGACUCCAGAGCAGCACUGA